AAAUAAAAUACCAACAGCAACACCGGCGUUUUGGAAGACAUUUGAUAUGAUUUUGCAACUAAAAACAAAACUAGGAGAGUCCACUCAAUUCUAGCUCAAGCGCAAAUGACUGCGUUUGUGCAAUUGCUGGUAUUGAAAGUGUUGUAAUUUUUACUGCUGCUUUAUGAAUUAUAACAACAGUUCGCCCUCUCCAUUAUGAGCAAAGUUGAUCUAGUGCGUGGGGUACUACACAAUCUCAUUAUCGAGUCGCAAACUCCAUACACGCCAGACAUCAUUGUGAGACAUUUUCGUGCCACACACGAGCGGCGUCUCUCAUCUAAUGAGCUUCUGCAUUUACUGGCAACCAUUAGCCAAAAGCGUCCAAACUUUCAAACAGUGAUCACAGAGGUCACCCAAUUACUUAAGUCGAAGGAUCCUAUGUACGCUCUGCUUGUGUUCGUUGAGCGAUUUAGCUGCGAGGAUUUCGCUGGUAGCCACUUAAAGAUUGAAAUGCCAUCACCAACCAUUCAGAGCAGUACUGGCUCUCCGGUCAGUGCCUCGUCUUCGCUGAGCUUGGUUCAAUGUGCGUCGACUGACAAUAGUGCAAUACAUACAUUGUCGCAAAGCAUUCCCACAUCGACUCCAAUGAAUUAUCGUAGAAUCGAAAGUUUCCCAGUCCUCUCCACUGGGGGAUUAUUUGGACGAUGCAACCAGAAUCUAAAACUGUACCAUCAGAAGCAGAAAAAGGAUCCAGAGCGCGCCGAUUUGAGUGUGAUCAAAGAGCGCGUGCUGAUGGCAGUUUCCAGCAGUUCUCUGAGUAGCUACCGUCCGCCUGGAAGCACAGAAGUUGGUUCGACGAAGUCAUCCGUCAGCAUAAAGCCUAGUAGCUGCCUUCUAACGGCGGUGACAUGCUUGCCGGAUGAGUAUCGCACGAACAUGCUCUGGGAUUACUGCAAAGUAGACGGAAACAACAUGGUGCAGCCGGAGCUUGGUGCCCUGCCUUUGGAAAGCCAGCAGAAAGUCCUUCUAAGAGAGCUGCUCCAUUGUCUGUGUGGCACCCGAGGAAACUUUAUUGUCCCUUUGCCGCCAGAUGUGAACAGUGCAGGCAUUGCCAAAUAUGAAACAAAUUUCACUAUCCAUGCGCACCUGGAUAAAUCGCUUACAGAGCUUCUGCAGGAUAUCCUUCCCCUGGCAUCGUACUUUAUAGGCAUCCAAAAGAUGAUGGCGGCCACUGAUGGCCACGGGCAGGUCAUUAACUCUCUUAAUGCGGCUCUUCAAGAUCUAACCCACGAUUUCUACUUUCUGGUUGUACAAUCUGAGCAGGAACUGCAGCAGCAGCAGUUGACGGUUCAGAAGCUUUUGUACUACUUAAAGCCGACCAUCUGGGUGAUGGAGGAGAUAUGGACGACUUUGGUGGAUGUGCAACUAAAAAAGUUCCAGGGGGCUGCAGUGCUCACGCAUCUACACGGGCGGAUAAAGCGGCUGGAGGGGGACAGGGCGGCCCAGCAGAUAAUGAUAAAUUUGACGCAUCAGGCAGCCGAGCCGUACAUGCGAAUGCUGCAACUUUGGAUUCAAAAAGGAGUUAUUGUUGACCGCAACCAUGAGUUUCUGGUGGAGGACAACGAGGUCGUCCACCAAGGCGAGCUGCCCGAACACUAUUCGGACGAUUAUUGGGAAAAGCGCUACACAGUGCGUCGCGAUCGGAUCCCUUCCUUCCUGGACAAGUACUCUGACAAGAUACUGCGAACCGGCAAGUACUUAAAUGUGAUCCGACAGUGCGGAAAGCGAGUGAUGCCCACUCAGCAAAUGGAGCUCCAGCUUGAUCCGACCAACGAGCGACACGUGUAUGUAAUCAACGACGCCUACUACUUUGCCGCCCGCAUGCUGCUUGACGUACUACUCACGGAAAACGACCUUAUGGGGCAUCUGCAGUCAGUAAAAAACUAUUUGUUGCUGAACCAGGGCGACUUCACCAUGCAAUUUAUGGACGCCUGUGAGGACGAGCUAUCUAAGAAUGUAGACCUGGUGCUGCCCAUGACCCUGGAGAAUCUGCUCGGUCUAACAUUAAGACUUUCUUCGGCCCGCAAUGAUCCCUACAAAGAUGACCUGCACUGCGAGCUUCUCACCUACGACCUGGUUACUCAGAUGUCAAAGAUCAUGAAUCAAAAGGAAGAAUACUGGCAGUCGCAGGACCGCCUAGACCUCAGUGGUCUCGAGUGCUUCGCCUUCACCUACGAGGUCAAGUGGCCUGUCUCGCUCGUCCUUAACCACAUCGCUAUUUCAAAGUACCAGAUGCUGUUUCGUCAGCUCUUCUUUUGCAAGCACGUCGAGCGUCAGCUUUGCAAGAUUUGGAAAGAGAACUCUAUAGCUAAAAAGUUCUCGCCGCAGGCCGCUGAGCUGUAUCGGUCGGCGUUCAUUCUGCGCCAGCGCAUGAUGAAUGCCAUACAGAACCUGGAGUACUAUAUGAUGAUCGAGAUCAUAGAACCCAAUUGGCAGAUAUUUAUCGAGAAGAUGAAAAAGGUCGAGAACGUGGACAAUGUACUAAGUCUGCAUCAAGACUUCCUGGACUCGUGUCUAAAGAACUGCAUGCUGACUGAGUCCUCGCAUUUAAAUCGAGCCAUAUUUAAGUUGUGCAAGAUCUGUCUUAAGUUUUGUGACUUUAUCCAGUGCUCGCAGAGUUUUUUUCUCGACGCUGAGCUUAAGUCAAUGGUCUCUGAUAGCAGUGACGACAAUAUGGAUAACUCCGACGUUGAUCAGGGAGACUCGAAUCGGGCACAGUUGGAGACCUCGUUGGAUCCCACAGAUACGUUUUCGGAGCGCGUAAAUCGCUUCGAUCAGGAAUUUACCGGACUGCUGAUAUAUUUUCUUAAGCAAAUCCACAAUAUGGCUAAGAAGAACACCGCCGAUCGCUUCAUGAAUCUGGUGCACCGAAUUAACUUCAACGCCUUCUACUCCGAUCAAAUGGAAAAGCUUUGCGUCGAAGAUGCCAUGGCGUUAGGCCAAAUGAGUAGUAUGUAGUACGAAAAGCAUAGAAAAAGAAAAUGGGGUAUAAAAUAAUAAAAAAAAUUUAAAUAUGUAUUUAAUUAUUUAUAAUUGUAAUUAUUUAUAUAUCAUUCCUCGUCUUUCAUAGCCCACACUAAAUAUGUUUCAUUUAGCUGUAAGUAUAUAUUACGUUAGAUCGCUUCAAUAAACUAUAAAAAAUUAGUUGUUGCCAAUCGCGUGCAAGCAACACACAUUAUCCGAUAGGGUUUGGUGGACUGGUCAGCCAACAUAACUGUUAAACUGAAUCAGUAAUCAGUAAUAUAAACUAUUUUUGCUUGCUAUUUUCAGUUGAACUAAAAUAAUCUGAUCGGUGUGUAAGGGCCAAAACAGAAAACCCUAUAUCCGAGAAGACCACAUUACAUCAAAAUUGUACAUUGGACCUUACAAGUAAAGUUUUCCGAAAUAAACUUUGAUG